CGUUGGAAAACGGAAAACGACAUAUAUGUUCGAUUGGUAAUUGGUCUUCAAAACGACGCCGUCGGAAGCGCUCUCUCCUCACAAUAAUUUUGUUCAAAAUCCCAAAAAAGGCUGCCAUUUCUCAUUUGUUGAUCAGAGAAAGAAAGAGAGAGAAGAAAGAGAAAGGACCCGAAUACCCGAGAAGCAACCCGAAUCGAAAAUGGGCAAGGAUCUGAGCGACGAUCAGGUCUCGUCGAUGAAGGAGGCGUUCACGCUGUUCGACACGGACAACGACGGCAAGAUCGCCCCGUCGGAAUUGGGGAUCCUAAUGCGGUCCCUCGGCGGCAACCCGACCCAGGCCCAACUCAAAUCCAUAGUGGCGGAGGAGAAGCUGACGGCGCCGUUCGACUUCAAGCGGUUCCUGGAGCUGAUGAGCAAGCACAUGAAGCCGGAGCCCUUCGAUCGCCAGCUCCGCGACGCCUUCAAGGUCCUCGACAAGGACGCCACCGGCUUCGUCUCCGUCUCGGAGCUCCGCCACAUCCUCACCAGCAUCGGCGAGAAAUUGGAGCCGUCCGAGUUCGACGAGUGGAUCCGCGAGGUCGAUGUCGGCAAAGAUGGCAAGAUCAAAUACGACGACUUCAUCGCCAGAAUGGUCGCCAAGUGAGAAUGUUUCUCUGUGUGUGUGUGUGUGUGUUUUGACAAAUCUCUAAGUGUUUCUCUGCGUUUUGUUUGUGGAAAUUUCUAGGGUUUGUUUUUCUGUUUGUUUGUUUGUGAUGAAUUGAAUUGUGUAUUGAAUGGUUUUAUGGAAUCUAAUCUGGAUUUUCUGGAGUAUAA